AUGAACAUUUUCUGUGUCGAUAAUGUGGGAAUGUGCGGGAACAUUGUUGAAGCUUGUCUCAAUGAUACCUUUCAUGUUUUUCUAUUCGAUUUAAACAUGUUGGGUGGUGUCGGCAACUAUGACUACUACUCCCAACAGUCUCAAGUCGGCGGCUAUGGUAGCGGCGGUGGCGGCGGUGGUGGGGUAACAAGCCGAGGCAACACGACAACCGCUUCGACUAGUGGUAAUCCUCAUCUUGCGCCACCUCCACCUCACCAUCCCGGUGGUGGUGGGGGUGGUGGUUACCAUCCUCGCGCCUACCACGGAGGUAGUGGUGGUCAACCUCCGUUGCAUCCCCCUCCACCUCCCCACCAUCCUGGACCUGCGGAUAAUCAGGGCAUUAGGGCACGCUCCUUUACUCGGGGUCCGCCCAACCGCUUCUUCAACGACUAUGAGACUCAAUUUGUUGUCAAAGCAAGUAACCUAUGUUAA